GAGAGAGAGAGAGAUAUUUCCUGUAUCACACCAAAAGUUCCACCUUGUGUUUUUUCUUUCUCGCUUGUUCAUAAAGUUUCAAAAGCUAACCCAGCGUCGGAAUAAUGCAAGCUAUUAAAUGUGUGGUGGUAGGCGAUGGAGCCGUGGGAAAGACAUGCCUUCUCAUCAGCUAUACCACCAACGCCUUCCCUGGGGAGUACAUCCCCACUGUGUUUGAUAACUACUCUGCCAAUGUCAUGGUGGACAGCAAGCCUGUGAACCUGGGACUGUGGGACACAGCAGGACAGGAGGACUACGACAGGCUGAGGCCCCUGUCCUACCCACAGACGGAUGUGUUCCUCAUCUGCUUCUCUCUGGUGAGCCCAGCCUCCUAUGAGAACGUCAGGGCGAAGUGGUACCCCGAGGUGCGACACCACUGCCCCUCCACCCCCAUCAUCCUGGUCGGGACCAAGCUGGAUCUGCGGGACGAGAAGGAGGCCAUCGAGAAACUGAAGGAGAAGAAACUGGCGCCAAUCACUUACCCACAAGGCCUUGCGCUGGCCAAGGAAAUAGACUCUGUGAAGUACCUGGAGUGCUCUGCGCUGACACAGAGGGGGCUGAAGACGGUGUUCGACGAGGCCAUCCGAGCCGUGCUCUGUCCCCAGCCCACCAAGAUCAAGAAACGAGGAUGCGAGCUACUCUGAAGGGGCUCUUUGCUUACAAAAGGCUUGCAGCCGUGGGACGGAACCGACAGGGGAACUACAUCACAAAGACCCACUCCAUUUGUCUCUUCAUUAUAACAUUCUUCUUUUGUCCUAAUUAUUUUAAUAACCACCUCAAUUUAAUGACAACCGCUGUAAAAAUAAUCUUACAAGUAUUUAAGAAACUAAAAGAACUAUGGUGUUGUUGUCCUGUAUAAAGGUACCUUCUUAAAUAUAUUUCAGCAUAUUUACAGAAUAUAUUUUCCAGAGAAUUUGCAUGUGAAAUUAUAUGAAAUUUGAGGGGGUUAAUAUUUCAGAACGUAUUUCUUUCCUAUUCAUAAAUGUGGGUUCAGCUUUUUAUUUUACAUAUGUUGACAGUUCUGUGCAGGAAUAGACCAACAUUUUUAGGUACUGCCAACAGAUGCACAACGAUUCUGUAUGGUUUUGGCCACAUGACCCAGCCAUAUUUUUAUUCUAGAAUUUUCAUUGGUUUCUAAAUAAAAGUGUUGCUUUAA